AUGAUUAAGACAUAUUGUUUUGAAACUGAGAAAGAUUGGGACGACGGCGUCCAUUUCCUUUUGUUCGCGGCUCGUGAGUCAGUUCGAGAAUCAUUGGAGGUUAGUCCAUUUAAAUUAGUUUUCGGUCACAUGGUUUGGGGACCGCUCAAGCUUUUAAAGGAAAAGUUGCUUACCGACAACGGUGGUUCAUUGAAUCUUUUACAGUAUGUAACGGACAUUCGUACCAAAUUAACUAAGGCUUGUGACCUAGCACGUAAGAACCUUAAAACACAUAAAAAUCGCAUGAAGCACAGUUACGACAAAAACAACGUAACUCGGAAUUUUCAGAACGGAAAUAGGGUUAUUGCACUUCUUCCGGUUCCUGGAAACCCCUUGCAACCUAGGUAUUUUGGGCCUUAUGUUAUAGAAAAGAAAGAGAAUGAUUUAAACUAUGUAAUCAUAACUCCAAAUAGACGUCGAAAUAAACAGCUUUGCCAUGUAAAUAUGCUUAAAGCAUAUCACGAAAGAAAGAAAAUAGUACAGCCAGUAAACGUUGUGAGUUCAGAUAGAGAUAGUCACAAUAAUGAGGAUGAGUCUGAACUCUCUAGUUUUUCUGAGACAACAAAACUGAGCAACUCCGACGUUUUACGAAAUAUGGAUUCGAAGUUAUCUCAUCUUCAACCAUCUCAACGUCAGGAUGUUUUAGACCUUGUUAAUGAAUAUGCACAAUUAUUCCCUGACGUUCCUUCCCGAACCGACAUGAUUUCCCACGACGUUGAUUUUGGCGACGCUUCCCCUAUAAAACAACACCCUUACCGAUUGAACCCAACGAAAGCAAAAUACCUUGACCAAGAGAUCCAAUACCUCCUUGAAAAUGAUUUCAUUGAACACAGUCAAAGUAAUUGGAGUUCACCCUGUAUAUUAGUUCCUAAACCAGACGGUAGUUAUCGCAUGUGUACGGACUACCGUAAAGUAAACAACCUCACGAAGGCGGAUAAUUUCCCCAUUCCUCGGAUGGAUGAUUGCGUGGAGAUAAUUGGAAAUGCUAAGUAUGUGUCGAAGUUUGAUUUACUGAAAGGAUUCUGGCAAAUCCCUUUAAGCGAAC